UGAUUAUCCAUUGUCAGUCUAAGGCAUCGAGGACCGUUAAUUUAGUUGCUAGCUCCAGGAUCCAUGGCGCCUCCCCCCAUUUCUCUCGCCGCUAGUUUCCCCCAAAACCCUAAAAUCCAUCAAAUUCCAAUCUCCCGACGCCUCUCUCCCACCGUCGGCACAGCUUCACCCUCCCGAUCCGUUAGCUCUGUCGAUUCACAGCGCGCAAAGACCGAUCUCCUGCGCCUGAUAUCGGACCAGGAGAGAGGUCUACGGACGCAAACAAACCCCUCAAAGAGAAAAGAGAUCAUCGGGGCCAUUGAAGAGCUCGCACUGCACGGGGAUGGCACGAUCACUACCGACUCAUCUCUCUCCUGCACGUGGAGGAUGCUGUGGACGACGGAGAAGGAGCAGCUAUUCAUCAUCAAGAAUGCUUGGCUCUUCGGCACUGAGACUGGUGACGUUUUGCAGGUCAUUGAUGUCGAGAAGGGACUUCUCAAUAAUGUCAUCACGUUCCCGCCUUCUGGGGUUUUCUUUGUUCGGUCGGAGAUUGAAGCCGAGCCACCUCAAAGGGUAAAUUUUAGAUUUACUAGUGCGGUUAUUAGGGGAAGCAAAUGGGAGAUUCCUUUGCCACCUUUUGGUCGAGGAUGGUUUGAAUCUGUAUAUAUGGAUGAAGAGAUUAGAGUUGUCAAGGACAUUCGAGGCGAUUACUUAGUUGUUGAUCGAGCUCCUUAUUCUUGGAAAGAAUGAAACUCUACGUUCUCAAUUCAGGUAUGAGGCCAUUAUUAUAUGCACCUGGAUGGAGAUGUGUAUAUUUUAACUUGAUAGGUAAAUGCAGAUGGUAAACUUUACUAAUAGCUCUUAGAUUUUGUUUGAUACAGUUUUCUUACUGUUUUUUAAAUUGGUUUUCUAGUAAAAAAAAAAAUUAGUUUAAAAAAAAUUAUGCUAAAAUUUUACUUUAAAAAGCAGUAAGAAUGUUAUCCCAAAUAAAACUUUAAUGAUGAUAUUGUUUGUAUGUGCUGAGCAAAUUAAAAUAAAAUUACUAUCUUUUCAUUUGUAA